AUGGUCAUCUGGAAGCACUCCUUUCUUCCUUAUGGCUCUCGUUUAGUGAUGGGGGAUUACAAGAAGAAACUGUUAAUCCUUAGUUUGUGCCGUGUGACCGACCAGGAAGGUGCUGAAGGGUGUGACGUCACGGUGGGAAGAGGGAAGCAGCAAAUCUCGCGUAAUCACGCAACCACCACCCAUGUGUCCCCCUCUCCCGACUUGAGUGGCCUGAGCCCAGAGGAGAUUGCCAUUCUCAAAGAUGUUUUCCGACGGCAAGAAGAGUUUGAACGACAGGAGCACGUGAGGGUCAGGCAAAUCUCGAUCGACGUCGAGAAGUACGAGAAGACAGUCCAGAGACAGGCCAGCACACAAGGACCGGUCAAGCACGUGGAUCUCCGUCUAUGCCGACUGUGCUACAAGACAAAGUUUGCUGAUGGCAUCGGGCGUCUGUGCACAGACUGCCACAAGCGGGUGUGCAACUCGUGUGGCACAUUCUCCAGUCCCAGGUGGGACCCCAAACGGAAAAGGAACGAUCGAGGAAGAUGGCACUGUAACAUGUGCUUACUUAGGAGGGAGGCACUUUGCCGAACCGGAAGUUGGUACCACGGGGAAAGCUUUCAGGAAGGAACAAAUGAUGACGUGAUCGAGAAAUUCAAAACUUCUGUUUCCAUGGAAAUGGAACCCGAUAACUGCGACCAAAAGGACGCAUAUGACAAUGAUGGCGAGAAGAUUCCCUCCGGAAACCGGACAGAUCCUGAAUUGUACCGCUCCGGUGACACGCCUGCCGAACAGGUCCAGUCUUCCGGCCGGAAACAUCGCAGAAGGAGUCUUCCGGUAACUCACGUGAUAAGACCGGGAGAAGACGAGGACGACGAUGAAGCAGACGAGAAUGGUCACCAUUGGUUGCAGGAGAGGCGGAUGUUACGUCAGAAGCGCCAGUUACGUCGGUUACGGAGACGUAACAUGCCAGACAGCAGAACAUCGGACGAACUUUGCGCCAUGUUGACAUCGGAAGGGUCGCAACAAAACGAUGAAAACUCCCGUGAGGCGUACUCAGACCCUGACAGAAGUGAUAGAGCCCCUAGUGUACGCAUUCGCAAACGUAGAGCCUCUAGAAUCAGCAUCAAAGACCGAGGAAAAUCUCAGUCAGUUGCCACGGCGAUUGAUUAUUCCACAGAAUCCACCAGUGAUGUGUCUUAUGCAACGAAGGAAAGCAAUGUUUCGGAUGGAGCUUGUUCACCAACGCUUAUUAAUAAGAUCAAGCGACAAAACGCUGUGUACUGUAGCAGUUCUUCCAGUGUGCUCUCCGACACUAAGCAUUCAGAUACUCAGGGUGGUGCAACCAGUCCCCUCCCCUUCAGGAACAACAGGGAGUCCAUAUCGCGGAGUCCGGUCCAUGGAGCCAAGGAGAAGUUCGUCAGUCCCAACAGAUCGGAGAUCCUGAACAGGCGUGCCACGUUACAGAAGUGUGAACUCAUUCAACCAUGUGACGACGCUACGGUUCGGAGACUUGGUACUCUGAAGACGCUCAAGCCCCAUGAGGUGAUUCUACAUCGAGACAAGGGUGAUCGAAGCCACAGAACUGGCGGUCUGGGCAUGCGUGUAGUAGGCGGAAAAGACUGCGACAAUGGAACCCUGGGAGCCUUCGUUGUCAUGGUAACCAAAGGAGGCCCCGCUGAUAUGCAAGGUCGAAUACGAAUCGGUGAUCAAAUUAUCGAGUGGAAUGGUGUCUCGCUGACGAACGUCACGUUUGAAGAAACACGUGACAUCGUCAACAGAUCGGGGAACGUCGUCCAACUCAAAGUAAUCCAUAGGCAUAUAAAGAAAAGGUUGUCUGAAGAAUCCGAAACCCCGAGGGUUACUAGAAUUGAAUCUGUAGACUGGGCAAUGUGUUCUAACCUAGUUACCUCCCUUCCCCCUGAUAGUCUCCCCUCGCGACCUAGACGAAGAAUGCUGCCCAAAACACCGAUUGAGAUGAAGAAGGAGACGCGGCGCAUCACAGGCCGCAUCCUUACCCGCAUCAACUACCUCCCUUCAACGGAACGGCUGGAGAUCUCCAUACUAAGAGCUGAGCAAUUAUCGCUUCCAGACAGCUCUCAACAGAGAGUGCCGAACCCUUUGGUGCUAGUUUACAUGCUUCCCGAGAGAAGGGUGGUGCCAUUCAAGGAGACAGAAGUGAAACAAAACACGAGAAAUCCGGAGUGGAAUAAAACGUUCUACUUCCACAACAUUUCAGAAGAUCAGCUGCUGCAGAAGGCUAUUGAGAUCACAGUGUGGAGCCAGGCUGAGAAGGAAGACAUAUUCCUUGGAGAGAUCCUUCUUGACCUCAGUGAUGCUGAUCUGGAGUACGAUGCUCUGUGGUACAACCUUGAGGACCACGAUGAGAACAGUUCCCCCCUCCCAGAGCGGAAGCGUCCAGUAGAGAUACCUGACACUAUCCUAACAACGGCAGACACUACGAAUGAGCACAGUCCGUCUACUUCUCCCAAUUUUCCCCACAGGUCACUUCCUGUGUCCCCUAAUGACCACCAUAGUCCAAAGUCGCCCUUUAAACGCUCUCCUAGUGCAGACCGCAAGAGUCCGUGUUUGAGCCCACCAAGGUCGCCAACAAACCAGAGUGACAGCAGCUUCCAGUCAGGUCACAGAAACAGCUUCACCAGCAAGGUCAGAAGGAAGAUGUCCUGUGCUGUGUCCAAGGUGUCUUCCUCGCUGUCUGUCUCAGAGAAGAGGGACUCGGUUCUGUCUGACGAUACAAGCCCCGGGGAGAUGGGACGCAGUAGAAGUUUCGGGGAUGAUUCUCGGGACCCGAGCCCAAACAGACCCCGUAGUAGAAAGGCAUCUUCAUCCAAAUCAGGUGCUUAUGCCGCUGGCAAUCUCUGCACGCUACGUUUCCUUCACAGAUCACCCGGAGUACAGACAAGCCCGGUUAUGUUCCACAAACUAAAGGGACCGUCCCAAAUUGACCUCCCUUUGACACCAGAUCGACCAGCUCCAGAGGGGGAUGACAUCACGUCGUCCCUAGGUCCGGGUCAGGUGCCCCCGAAACCAUCCGCUGAAAAUCUUGUCUGUGGUGAUAUCGGCCUCGGCUUUGCAGUUUCAAAAGGUCAGCUCGAAGUCAAUGUCAUCAGCGCCCGGAAUCUGAUAAAGACAGAAACUCCCCUUCCAACUGACACUUACGUGAAGACCUACCUUGUGGAAGGGAAGAAGAUAAUACAGAAGAAGAAGACCCAGGUUGUGAAAGGAGGAGGUGACCUGGUCUUCAAGAAGCAGAUCAAGUACUCCGCGUGUAAUGUGCACGGGCGACACAUGAAGGUAAACGUCUGGGAGAGGAUAAAGGGAUUUGACAAGAAGAAGCAGUGCCUAGGGGAGACCAUCGUCAGACUGGACAGCCUUGACCUUAGCAGACACAACACUGGCUGGUACAAGAUGUUCACUAUGAAUUCAACAGACCUCGGCUCUAAUGAGUCUCUGUAUCACUGGUGAAAAAGUAUACUGACUUUGACUCGACUCAUCUCCACAUUGGAUAUAAUAGGGGCCGGCUAAAAUGAUAAAAGGGAGGGGACCGUAUUGCUAAGAAAUCGGGUGCCUUGGUAAGCAAGGGCAAGGUGUCCAAUACACCCAAGUGACAGUGAUGAAGAUGUGUUUUCAGGACCAUAGUAUUUGGUAUGACAAUAUUCCGAGGAUAGCAGGUAACAAGGUUCCAAAGCGUGCCUGUGUUAGUGAGGAAGAUAUGUUUGCUGAAUCAUCUGGUUUAGUAUUAUAGUAGCAAGAUUUUCCGUGGAUACAAUGGACCAUGGCUCCAAGGCGAGCCUAUGCCAAUAGUGCUAUUGCUGCUGGACUAUCUGAUACGUAAUAGCUCGAUCCUCACUGAAUGACACAGGAGAACAUUCAGGCACGUCCCUGUGUCCACGAGGAAGAUGGAGACACAGUCAAUGACACAGUUCAUGACAUCAGUGAUGAAGAUUUGUUGCCGGA